AACCCAGCAAAAUGGGGAUCUCCACGCUCAUCCUUGAAAUGUGCCUUUUACUGGGUCCAGUUCUACCUACAGCUCAGACCCAAUCCACACCCGGCCUCGGUUGGCAGUACCCAACAACCGUGAUCUAUGAUCCCUCUGCUGCCACAGAAGUGUCCACGCAGGAAACAGCAACGGAUUAUCACUUAGCUUUGAGGCUGGUGAAUGGAGGUGACCGGUGUCAGGGCCGGGUGGAGGUCCUGUACCAAGGCUCCUGGGGCACCGUGUGUGAUGACAGCUGGGACACCAAUGACGCCAACGUGGUCUGCAGGCAGCUGGAAUGUGGCUGGGCCGUGUCGGCCCCAGGAAGUGCCCGGUUUGGCCAGGGCUCAGGGCCCAUUGUCCUGGAUGACGUGAGCUGCUCAGGGCACGAGUCCUACCUGUGGAGCUGCCCCCACAGAGGCUGGCUCUCCCAUAACUGUGGCCAUAGUGAGGACGCCAGUGUCAUCUGCUCAGGUGUCUCGUCCACGACCGGGCCAGGGUGGUGGCCCACAACAGCUCCUUCCCAUGACACCUCGCCUGCGACUGCUGAAGCGGAAACUGUAUCUGACGCUGGUUUGGCCCUGAGGCUGGUGAAUGGAGGUGACCGGUGUCAGGGCCGGGUGGAAGUCCUGUACCGAGGCUCCUGGGGCACCGUGUGUGACGACAGCUGGGACACCAAUGAUGCCAACGUGGUCUGCAGGCAGCUGGGCUGUGGCUGGGCCGUGUCGGCCCCAGGAAGUGCCCGGUUUGGCCAGGGCUCAGGCCCCAUUGUCCUGGAUGACGUGAGCUGCUCAGGGCACGAGUCCUACCUGUGGAGCUGCUCCCACAGAGGCUGGCUCUCCCAUAACUGCCAGCACAGUGAGGACGCCGGUGUCAUCUGCUCAGGUGUCUCGUCCACGACCGGGCCAGGGUGGUGGCCCACGACAUCUCCUUUCCAUGACACCUCGCCUGUGACUGCUGAAGUGGAAACAGUAUCUGAUACUGGUUUGGCCCUGAGGCUGGUGAAUGGAGGUGACCGGUGUCAGGGCCGGGUGGAAGUCCUGUACCGAGGCUCCUGGGGCACCGUGUGUGACGACAGCUGGGACACCAAUGACGCCAACGUGGUCUGCAGGCAGCUGGGCUGUGGCUGGGCCAGGUCGGCCCCAGGAAGUGCCCGGUUUGGCCAGGGCUCAGGGCCCAUUGUCCUGGAUGACGUGAGCUGCUCAGGGCACGAGUCCUACCUGUGGAGCUGCCCCCACAGAGGCUGGCUCUCCCAUAACUGCCAGCACAGUGAGGACGCCGGUGUCAUCUGCUCAGGUGUCUCGUCCACGACCGGGCCAGGGUGGUGGCCCACGACAUCUCCUUCCCAUGGAACUGAUGGCGGUUUGGCCCUGAGGCUGGUGAAUGGAGGUGACCGGUGUCAGGGCCGGGUGGAGGUCCUGUACCGAGGCUCCUGGGGCACCGUGUGUGACGACGGCUGGAACAUUAAUGACGCCAACGUGGUCUGCAGGCAGCUGGAAUGUGGCUGGGCCGUGUCGGCCCCAGGAAAUGCCCGGUUUGGCCAGGGCUCAGGCCCCAUUGUCCUGGAUGACGUGAGCUGCUCAGGGCACGAGUCCUACCUGUGGAGCUGCCCCCACAGAGGCUGGCUCUCCCAUAACUGUGGCCAUAGUGAGGACGCCGGUGUCAUCUGCUCAGCAGGGCGUCCAGCACGGUCUCUCAGGCCCGGGGAGGAGUGGGUGAGAGUGAGUCCUGCUGUCCCCACCUUAUCUGACGCUGGUUUGGCCCUGAGGCUGGUGAAUGGAGGUGACCGGUGUCAGGGCCGGGUGGAAGUCCUGUACCGAGGCUCCUGGGGCACCGUGUGUGACGACAGCUGGGACACCAAUGACGCCAACGUGGUCUGCAGGCAGUUGGGCUGUGGCUGGGCCAGGUUGGCCCCAGGAAGUGCCCGGUUUGGCCAGGGCUCAGGCCCCAUUGUCCUGGAUGACGUGAGCUGCUCAGGGCACGAGUCCUACCUGUGGAGCUGCCCCCACAGAGGCUGGCUCUCCCAUAACUGCCAGCACAGUGAGGACGCCGGUGUCAUCUGCUCAGACGCCUCAGUAGACCCUACUACUUCAGAUUGGUGGCACCCAACAACUGCAACCACUGUGGGACACUCUUCAAGUUAUGGUGGCUUCUUAACCAAUGCUAGUGGGACAUUCACCAGCCCCUUCUACCCUGGAUACUACCCCAACAAUGCUAACUAUGUCUGGGAAAUAGAAGUGCGUCAUGGUUAUCGCAUAAACCUGGGUUUCAACAAACUGCAGUUGGAGGCACACAGCAGUUGCAGUUUUGAUUAUGUUGAGAUAUUUGAUGGCUCACUGAAUAGCAGUAAUUUGCUGGCGAAAAUCUGUAAUGACACCAGGCAAAUAUUCACAUCUUCUUACAACCGAAUGACCAUUCGUUUUCGAAGUGACGUCAGUUUCCAAAACACUGGCUUUUUUGCUUGGUAUAACUCCUUUCCGGGAGACGCCAGACUGAGAUUGGUUGGUUCAAACUCCUCCUACGGCGGGUGUGCCGGGCGCGUGGAAAUUUACCACGGUGGCAGGUGGGGGACUGUUUGUGAUGACUCCUGGAACAUUCACGCUGCCCAGGUGGUCUGCAGACAGCUGCAGUGUGGACAGGCGAUCUCUGCCCUGGGAAAUGCCUAUUUUGGCCCUGGCUCGGACCCCAUCACCCUGGACGACGUGGUGUGCUCAGGGGCAGAAUCCACACUCUGGCAGUGCCAGAACCGCGGCUGGUUCUCCCAUAACUGUGGCCACCAUGAAGACGCUAGUGUCAUCUGCUCAGGAAACCCCGUAACAUCCACUGCUGCUACUGCUACCGUCACCCGCCCAAACACAAAUUAUUCCUGCGGAGGCUUCCUGUCCCAACCGUCAGGGAGGUUUUCCAGCCCAUUCUAUCCUGGGAACUAUCCGAACAACGCCAGGUGUCUGUGGGACAUCGAGGUCAGAUACAACUACCGUGUGACUGUCGUCUUCAGCAACGUCCAGCUGGAAGGUGGCUGCAACUAUGAUUACAUCGAGGUGUUCGACGGCCCCCACGACAGCUCUCCCCUCAUUGCUCGGGUUUGCGACGGGUCCAGUGGCUCCUUCACUUCGUCAUCGAAUUUCAUGUCGAUUCGCUUCGUCAGCGAUGGCAGCGUCACCAGGAGAGGGUUCCAGGCCGAGUACUUCUCCAGCCCUUCCAACGACAGCACCAGCCUGCUUUGUCUGCCAAAUUACAUGGAAGCCAGCGUGAGCAGGGCCUACCUCCAAUCCUUGGGCUAUUCUGCCAGGGACCUUGUCAUUUCCAACUGGAACGGGAGCCACCAGUGUCGGCCCCAGAUCAUGCCGAGCAAGGUGGUAUUCACAAUUCCCUACUCGGGCUGUGGCACCGUGGAGCAGGUAGAAAACGACACCAUCAACUAUUUCAACUUCCUCAAAGCAGCUGUGUCAAGUGGCGUCAUCAAAAGGAAGAAGGACCUUCAUAUUCACGUCAGCUGCAAGAUGCUGCAGAACACCUGGGUCAACACGAUGUACAUCGCUAAUGACACCAUCGAGGUCGAGGAAGUCCAGUACGGCAAUUUCGACGUGAACAUUUCCUUCUAUACAUCGUCCUCGUUCUUAUAUCCCGUGACCAGCAGCCCGUACUAUGUGGACCUGGACCAGAAUCUGUACCUCCAGGCUGAAAUCCGCCACUCCGAUGCCUCGCUGGCCUUGUUUGUGGACACCUGUGUGGCCUCCCCGUACUCCAGUGACUUCACGUCUCUGACCUACGAUCUGAUCCGGAGCGGGUGCGUGAAGGAUGAGACCUACCACUCCUAUGCCCAGCCGUCCCCCCGCAUCGCCCGCUUCCAAUUCAAUGCCUUCCACUUCCUGAACCGCUUCCCCUCCGUGUACCUGCAGUGCAAGAUGGUGGUGUGCAGGGCGCACGACUACUCUUCCCGCUGCUACAGGGGCUGCGUGGUGAGGUCCAAGAGGGACCUGGGCUCCUACCAGGGGAAGGUGAACGUCGUCCUGGGGCCUGUCCAGCUGCAGACACCCCAGGCAGAGAAGAGCCUCGGCGGGGGGUCAUCCUCGGACCCCACUGCCCACCAGGGCGCAGACCCGUGACCACUGGGGACUUGGGAUGUUUCUGUUGGUGCCAUGUCCUAACUGAAAUUGAGCACCUACUGUAUGCCAGGCCCACUGUGCUAUGCGUCCCCUCAAGGUUCCUGGUAUAGGGCUUGGUUCCCAGAGUUCUGCCUGGGCAGUGAUGGACCUGGCACCUUUGUCCUCUGGGUUCUCACCUGUGAAAUGAAAAUGUCAAUACUCGCCUCUUAGCUCUGUUGAGAGGGUUACAUAAAGUAAUGUUGAUUA